CUACAUUUGGGUCUAUCUAGAACCUAGAGAUAGCCCAUCUCCAAAUCCUCGUCCCGACUGUCGCCACUAUGGCGGAGCCAGACGAUGCGCCAAAGGUUGACGGACAGCCGGCAGGAUUGACGGCAGAGACAGCUUCUAGUAAAGACAAUCCGUCGUUUUCAGGCCGUGGAUGGUUCUUCCUUGACGCGAACCAGCAGAAUCAAGGGCCUUACCCGGAGGACCAGGUUCCUGGUCUUCUGGCAUACAACUAUGUGACGCCUGACACUCUCUUCUGGACAGAGGGCUGUGCGGAGUGGCUUCCUUUGAAGAGUAUCCCUGAAUUCGCUGCUGCUUGCGCCACCGCUAUUCCUGCUGCUGGUACUGCUGCUGCUGAUGCGGCUGGUGCUGUUGCUUCUGGGGCUGGUGGCACAGGAGGCACCACAGUGGCAGCAGCACCAGUGUCGGCAGCAGCUGGGAAUGGAGCAGCUUCAAAUGCAGCAGCAGGCUCAGAAGGAAGCGGCGGAGAGAAGAGAGCUGGUAGGACAUGGCAAUGGGGUGCUCCUGCGGGCGAUGGGGGGAACGGGAAGGGGAAGGGGAAGGGGAAGGGGAAAGGGGACGGGGGAGAAGGGGGCGUGGGGGGUGCGGGAGGAGGAGGAGGAGGAGGAGGGGGAGAGGAGGAUGAGGAGAUGAGGAAGUUUCUGGAGGAGGUGAGACGAGCAGAGGCGGAGGCAACAGCUGCGAAACGAGCAGCGAGAAAGAGAGGGCGACUGGUGGCGGAGUUAGCUCAUGGUGCUGAGGCGGAGGUAGGGGAAGAGGAGGAGGAGGAGGAUGAGGAGGAGGGAGAGGAGGGAGAAGAAGUGGGGAAGGAUGAGCCGGGGAGUGGGGAUGGGGAUGUGGAAAUGACCACAGCAGUAGAAACAGACGGGCAGCAAAAGGCGCACGUGCAGCAAGGGCAGGAGCAGGGGGAGCAGAAGGGGGUGCAAAGGCAGGGGCAGGCGGAGGAGGGAGAUCCGGCAGAGGGGGAGCAGUUCGAGGAUGAUGAUGGCACGGUGUACCGAUGGAGUGCACGCAUGCGAGUGUGGGUACCGGUGGGAGAGCAACUGCCUGGAGCAGCAGCAGCACCACCACCACCACCAGGGAGUGGAGCAGCAGGGUUGCCUGGUGCGGCAGACUAUGACCCAGAGCAGAUGGUGUUUGUAGAGGACGAGGAGGUGAUCCCCUCUCUCGAUGCCGCCAUUGCUGCUGCCGUCGCUGAGAGGGAACGGGCGGAGGCGAGUGAGGAGGAGGAGGCAAGGGGGGGAGAUGCGGAGCGCGGCGGAAAGCGGUGGGGGAAGGGCGGGGAGAAGGAGAAGGGGAAAGGGAAGGGGUGGAAGAAGGGGGAUAAGCGAGGGGGGAAUGGGAAGGGGGAGGAAGGAGGAGUGGAGGAUACUGACAAGAAGCAUUGGGGAGAGAUGGAAGGGGAUAGGAAGGGGAAGGGGAAGGGGAAAGAGGGGGCAGAGAAGGCACCAGGGCAGGAGGAGGAGCGUGUGGAGACGCGCAAGGAGCUCCAGAAGAAGCCGACCAAUAACGAGCCGAAUGAGUGGUUUGAGCUGAAGGUCAACACAAGUGUGUACGUCACCGGACUGCCUCAUGACACCAAUGAGGACGAGGUGGGGGAAGUCUUUUCCAAGUGUGGGCUCAUCAAAGAGGACUUGGACACAGGCAAGCCCCGGGUGAAGCUGUAUCGGGACAAGCCGACCGGCGAGCUCAAGGGCGAUGGGCUCAUCACAUUCCUCAAGCCGCCCUCAGUGGAUUUGGCUCUCAAGAUUCUGGACGGCACUCCGCUGAGACUGGGCGACAAACAGCCCAUGACUGUGACCCUGGCGAAGUUUGAGCAGAAAGGCAACGUGUUUGUGAAGAAGGCAAGUGACAAGAACAAGAAGAAGAAGCUCAAGAAGCUCGAGGCCAAGGUGCUGGGAUGGGGCGGCUCUGAUACAGCCAAGCAUACUCUCCCAAUGACAGUGGUUUUAUUCCACAUGCUCACUCGCGACGAGGUGGUCAACGACCCCUCGCUGCCAGACGAGCUUGAGGCGGAGGUGCGGGAGGAGUGCGCCAAGAUGGGGGUGGUGGAGCGAGUGAAGGUGUACCCCAAUCACCCGGACGGCGUGGUGACAGUGAGGUUCAAAGACAAGGCAGCUGCUUUCAAGUGCAUUGAGGUCAUGAAUGGGCGAUGGUUUGGUGGUCGACAAAUAUCAGCAAUAGAAGACAAGGGCCUGGUCAAUUGGGGGCUUGUGCGCGACGAGGAGGAAGAAGCAAGGAGAUUGGAGCAGUUUGGGGAGGAGUUGGAGGCUGAUGAUAAAUGAUGCAUGCCGACAAUAGGUUGAUGUGUAGAUAGGGAAUGUAGUCACGGGAGCAGAAAUAGGAGUGUGAAAUUUCUUUACCCACAUAAGGAAAGGCUGCCGUCGCGCCGCAGUGCAUGAUAUAUGUUAGUGCAG